AUGUGUUUCACAAGGAGUUUAUAUAUUAAACGUAUUGAAACUAAGAACGUAGUUGUGCUUGAAAAUGUUAAAAAUUCUGAUACUAUCAAAGUUCUUAUGUGUAUGGUGGAAUUGAAGACGGGAAUUCCAGUUGAUGAACAACAUUUAUGAUGGUAAGCAACUUGAGCGUGAUCAUAAAAUUUCUGAUUGUG